AUGGGUUUGCUCCUGCCCCUGGUGCUCUGUGUCCUAGUUUCUUGCUGUGGCGCCAGGUCUGUACCUGCGCAGACCUUAGGCCCCUUACGUCUCCUUUCUCGGGGCUGCAAUGACUCGGAUGUGCUGGCUGUUGCAGACUUUGCCCUGCAGGACAUCAACAAGGACAGAAAAGAUGGCUACGUGCUAAGCCUCAAUCGAGUCAGCGAUGUCUGGGAAUACAGAGAGGCAAGUGGGCCAGGAUCCCUGUACUAUCUCACUCUGGAUGUGUUGGAGACCUCCUGCCAUGUGCUCACCAAGAAGUCAUGGAAGGACUGUGGUAAGAGGCUCCUGCAUGAAUCGGUUUAUGGUCAAUGCAAAGCAAUGUUUUAUAUUAAUAAACCAAGAAGAGUUCUCUAUUUGCUUGCCUAUAACUGUACACUUCGCCCAGUUUCACGAAGACAGAUGAACACAAUGUGCCCUGACUGCCCAUUUCCCACUAAAUUGUCAAGUUCUGAAGCUUUGCAAGCUGUCACUGAGAGUCUUGCAAAAUUCAACAGUGAGAGCCCCUCAAAGCAGUAUUCUUUUGUCAAAAUUACCAGAUUUUCCCAGCAGUGGGUGUCUGGCCCUGGUUACUUUGUGGAAUAUUUGAUUGAAGAGUCACCAUGUACCAAAUCCCAGGACAGCAUCUGCACACUUCAGCUCUCUCACUCUGAGCCCGUUGGUCUUUGUAAAGGUUCUCUUAGUCAAAACUUCUUGCAAAAGUUUGUCUCAGUGGAUUGUGACUUCUUUGAAACACAGGCUCCUGGCCCUGGAGAAGACCACUCUGCUGCUAACCAGAAACCUGCAGACCUCCCCAGUGUGGAAGGGCACCAGCAGAAAGGCACCAACACACCCACAGAAACUAUGCCAAAAGGAUCUGUCCAAAACCUUCCUGAGUUGGAUAAAGAGAAGCCUGGAGAUUCCCAGACAAAAGGCUCUGGUGAGGCCUUCCCUGUUCAGCUGGACCUGACCACCAAUCCCCAAGGGGAAGAAAUGGAUAUCUCCUUCCUCUUCAUGGGGCCUGUGGAGGAGAAACUGCUUGUCCUGCCUUUCCCAAAAGGACAGCAACACUCUACUGAGUGCCCAGGGCCAGCCCAGGAGCCCAACUCCCUCAUCCUCCCACCAUGA